AUGGCCGACUUUGAUGUUGCGGCCGCUAGGUCCAAGUUCCCGGCCCUACAAGAGGACCAAGUCUUUCUCGAUAAUGCCGGGGGAAGCCAAACACUGGGUACUGUCAUUGAAGCCAUCAGCGAUUACCUGAUCAAGAGCAACGUCCAGUUUGGCGGCGGCUACCGGACCAGUCAAUUAUCUAGUUCACGGUACAACGCCGGCGUGGAAGCCGGUGCCAAAUUCCUUAACGCCCGGAAAGAUGAGAUUGCUUUCGCAUCAUCCGCGACCCAAAUCUUCCGAAACCUCUCCCUCACCUUCCAGUUCAACUCGGGUGACGAGCUCAUCCUAUCAUCCAUCGACCACGAGGCCAACAUCGCCGCAUGGAAGGACCUCGCCUCGCGCCAGCGCCUCGUCAUCCGGUGGUGGCGGCCUCAACCAAAUACCACGAACCCGAUUCUCACGCCCGAGAGCCUCAAGCCCCUCUUAUCCCCGAAAACGCGCCUCGUCGCCUGCACGCACGCGAGCAACGUGCUCGGCACGAUCCACGACAUCGCCGCCAUUACCGCUAUAGUGCACUCUACUGUUCCCGGAGCGCUUGUGUGUGUUGAUGGCGUGGCGUACGCGCCGCACAGGCCGGUGGAUGUAAAACAGCUGGGCGUGGACUUUUACGUGCUGUCUUGGUACAAGGUGUACGGCCCCCACGUGGCGAUGCUGUAUGGCAGUCGGCGCGCGCAGGAGGGGGGGCGGAUGCGCUCGCUGGGGCACUUUUUUAACCCGAGUGAGACGUUGGGGGAUAAGGUUGGUUUGGGCAGCACAAACUACGAGCUCGUCGCCUCCCUCCCCGCCAUAACCGCCUACCUGACCCCCCCCACCUGGUCCUCCAUCCUCUCGCACGAAUCCCUCCUCCAAACCACCCUCCUAACCCACCUGCUCUCCCACCCUACCCGCUUCACCAUCUUCGGCACCCCCGACCCGGACCCGUUGCGCCGCCUGCCGACGAUCAGCUUCGGCGUAGCCGGGUGGGACUCGCGGGAGCUGGUCGAGGAGAUCGAGAGGGAGGCGCCCAGGUACGGGGUUAGGUGGGGCGCUUUCUACUCGUAUGGGCUGGUGCGCGAGGAGGUGGGGUUGGGAGGGUUGGGGCUGGGGGAGGGGGGCGUGGUGAGGGUUAGUCUUGUGCACUAUAAUACUUUGGAUGAGGUGAAUGGGUUUAUUGAGGCGUUGGAGGAUGUUAUAGCGAAGAAGACGUGA